UCAAAAUUGAAAUAAUUAAAUGGAAGGAAUUGUAAAAGGCGAGAGACACCCUCUCGCACACGAGAAAGGUGGCUUCAGACUCCAGGACCCAGACAACUUGAUCCCAGAGGCCUCUAAAGAAAUGAUGAAGAAGAUCGGUGGCAAACUUCUCAAGCUCAAAGUGUUCGACCUGAUGAAGAUUUCAGCUCCAGCUAAAAUUGCAGCUCCAAUCACUUACCUAGAAUGCUUUUUGAACGACUACACUUACUUCCCGAGGUACAUGGCCGAGGUUGUCAAGGUUCAGGACCCUAUUGAGAGGAUCAAGUAUGUGACCACGAGCAUUCUAGCAGGAUUGCAUGUUGGUGCAUGAGUGCUGCAGGCGAUGUCGCCACUGAAUCCAGUUCUCGGAGAAACUUGUCAGAGAUAUGCACCAGAUGGCACAAAGUACUUUGCUGAACAAAUCACCCACCAUCCUCCGGUCUCUGCAGGUGUGAUGGAGGGUCCAGAAGGAAAAUGGAGGUUCGAAGUCAUCCAGGAGUUCAAGGCCAACUUGAAUGGCCAUAACAGCGUCAAAGCUCACAAAGAAGGAGCCAUCGUGAUCACUCUGUUUGACGGAACCCAGUACAUUGUUGAAGAAGGCUGGAUCCAGAUCGAUGGAAUUGUGUACGGCGAAAUGGUCAUCAACGUGUGUGACAAAAUCACAGUACAGGACUUGACUAACAACAUCGAAGCGGAAGUGGUGUUCGACCCAGACAACAAGGAGGGAGCAAUGUCAAAGCUCGGUUCGAAGUUGAAGUUCUGGGGGUCUAAAUAAGACAAAAAGACCUGCUGACCAUUUUGAUAUUAUCAUCUCUGAAGAUGGUGGAGAUAAGAAGAGCAAAGUCUGAACAGGAAAAGGAUCAUAUUUGGAGCACGUUGAAUUUGAAGGAGAAAAAUACUGGGAAAUAGGGGAUGAAUGGGGAGAAUGGAUUAAACCAGAUGAAAAGCAUCUUCUCAAAUCAGAUAGUUCCUUGAGAGCUGAUUUAAACUUUAUUAAAGAAAAAGACUAUGAGAACGCACAAAAAGCAAAAGAAGAUUCAGAAAAUUCUCAAAGAGCAGAUAAAGAUUUAAGAGAUCAAGGGAGGAAGACAUAAAAAUUAGAGAUA